UGGGGCUCCUCCGACUCAGCUCCUGCCAGAUUUGUUGUACCCCCUCUACCAGAUGACUGUCAAUGUGCAUUUCCUACUGGCAAGAGUUAGUGAGACGUAAACAAGGGAGACUGCCAGAAGAAGAGUGCUUGAGUAAGUGUGUGUAAGAGAGAAGGAGAGAGUGUUCUACAGUGGGAACUGAGUGAGAGACUCCAGCGAAAGGGACGAGUGGCAGCCUCACCGGGGCUUAUCGUUGCGCACUGCCGAGGACGAGAGAUCGCUUCUGAGCACAGCAUACUCAAGCUGGUUCAAAAGUGGACUGCGGUCGAGCCUACUGAUUGAAACGACCAAUUCACAAAUGGACUGUUAGAGAGCACAGUGUGAGGUAAAAGCUGUACCAGCGUGACAGGGAACGGACAGCGGAAAAGAAGCUGGUGCAGCGGGGAAAGUUACCAACUAUGGAGAUGCCUUGUUAACUGAGAGUUUACAAACUGUUCGGACUAUUCAAACUCAUUUCUUUAAACUGGAUGCGAUUAUAGGCAAAUCCCAGAGCGCUUGUCCGUCCGGUGAUAGGUGCCACAGUGGAUCAUAACCAGCUCACAGACUAAGCGAGUGAAUCCUUCCACACAGUCAGCGGCCAGAGCAACUAAAAUGACUGCACUAUACCUCGUCUUUUGCCUUAUGGUCACAGCAGCCACCCAAGCAGCCUAUUUCUCCCAGCAGCCCCAAGACCAGGUGGUUGUAUCUGGUCAGUCAGUGACUCUACCUUGUGUCAUUGUGGGUUACCAGGGAAUGGUACAGUGGACCAAAGAUGGCCUUGCACUGGGUGGAGAGAGAGACCUACCAGGCUGGAUGCGGUAUUCUUUAAUGGGCGACCCGGUAUCAGGCGAGCACAGCUUGCUGAUCGAUUCGGCAGAGUUGGCGGAUGACGCGGUGUACGAGUGUCAGGCUACACAGGCGGCACUGCGCUCCCACCGUGCCAAACUCACUGUACUAGUUCCUCCUUCAGAUCCUGUGGUGGAGGGGGGCCCUGUUGUACGUCUUAAGGCCCACACACCACACAACCUCACCUGCAGAGCCUCGGGAGCCAAACCUGCUGCUGAGAUCACCUGGUACAGAGAUGGAGAGGUCAUGGAGACUGCAAUUUAUUCCAAGACACUGAUGGAGGAUGGGAAGAGGGAGGUGGCUGUCAGCAUGCUUCCAAUGAUCCCCGAGGACAGCGACUCUGGACGCACCUACACCUGCAGGGUUCUUAAUCCAGCUGCCCCCGCUGGACGACAGACAUCAGUCACCAUCAAUGUCCAGCACCCUCCUUCAGUGACUCUAUCAGUCCAGCCUCAGACUGUGACUGAGGGAGCCAAGGUUCUCUUCAUCUGCUCGGCUUCAGCCAAUCCUGAAAUCACUGGAUACAGAUGGUCAAAAGGAGGAGUUCCUAUCUCUGAAGCAAAUGGGGACAGCCUCGAGGUGACAGUGGACUACUCCUACUUCACAGACCCCGUCUCCUGCGAGGUGUCCAACUCUGUGGGCAGCACCAAUGUCAGCACCCUGGUCGAUGUCCAGUUUGGCCCCAGACUUCUGUCAGAGCCAAAGCCAGUGACGGUGGAUAUAGGGAUGGAUGCAGCCUUUACUUGUGCAUGGACUGGGAAUCCUCCUCUGACCCUGGCCUGGACCAAGCAAGGCUCCAGCGUGGUGCUCAGUAAUGGUAACACCUUGCAGCUGAAGGCUGUUACCCAGGAGGAUGCUGGAACAUACACCUGCAAGGCCAUCGUGCCCCGGAUCGGCGUCGCAGAAAGAAAUGUUAUUCUAACUGUAAAUGGUCCGCCUAUCAUCACAGCAGAUGCCACACAGCAUGCUGUGAAGCACUCCAAGGGCAAGCUGGAGUGCCGGGUGGGAAGCAGCCCCCCACCUGACAAGAUUGUGUGGACCUUUGGUGACAUGAGCCUAUCUUCUGGUUCAUCCGGUCGUUACUCAGUGCAUACAGUAACCAGCGACCAUGGAGUCCUGUCUUCUCUGGUGCUAUCUGAGACUCUGGCACAGGAUUUCCAGCUACGCUACAACUGCACUGCUUGGAAUCGCUUUGGCACUGGCACCGCCCUUGUCACACUGAAGGAGCAAGAAGCCCUGCCUAUGUUGAUAAUUGUUGGUGGAGCAGUAGGUGGAGGCUGUGUCCUGCUCAUCUGCGUCAUCACUCUGGUCUCCCUCUGCUGCAGGCAUACAGGCAAAGGUGAGCUCAAUGGUAAAAGGUGCACUCGUCUUUCCAAGAGUGACAUCAGAGUGCAGAUUGUUCACAGUGAUCACAAUGCUACACGUAGCAAUGAUGAUGAGGAGGAUGUCAAAGAACCCAUGGCUCCAAACAGCAGCGAAUCUCCUGGGACAUCACGCACAGAACACAGUGACCUCCUGGAAGAGGAGGAGGAUGAGAGAUCAGACAUAAAGGAUCCCACCAAUGGCUACUACAAUGUCCAUGGCCAUGAAGACCGUCAUAUUCGCAGCAGUGGAUUCUCUGAAUAUGUGCCCAACUCUCGGCCAGUCUACACUCCAUCACAGCUGCCCUCCCCCAGCCCCAUGUACGGUCAACAUGGCACCCAGCCUCGUGUCUAUGAUUUCUCCCAGCGAUAUGCAACCACCACAGUGAGCAGAACCACAUACGAACAGCAGCAAGCCACCCAACAGCAGGCUGCUCAGCCUGCCAGUAUUUAUCCCACUGACCCCCUCUACAGUGGCUCCGCCUACCUACCUGCUACCUAUGGUCGCGCCUUCACCAGUUACGUUAAGCCCGCUUCGUAUGAGAAGGUUGAUGCAUAUGACCAAUCAGAUCAGGCCAGCAAGGUGUCCAGCUCAUCCCGCUUCUCAUAUGCUUCUUCACAAGUGUCCUCCCAGCAGUCUGACUAUGGCCGACCUUCACAGCGUAUGCAGACUCAUGUCUGAUUAGAUUGAAAAAAUAAUAAUAAUUUGGAGAAAUACAAGUGCAGGAGCAGUGAGUAGCUAACCAAUGUCACCUCCACAUACAUGUGUGGAUGGACUAACACAGAGACUUUCUUUACUCAGACAGUCCUUUGAGGAUAUGUGUGGACAGCAUUUGGAGGCGGUCACACGAUUUAGGUUAUGGAAUAACCAACCUGUUUGUUGUCACCAACAGUAAUGAUAACCGCAGAGCUCCUGAGCUGGAGAAUUCAGAAGGUUGCGAUGUCUGUGUCAAACCUUACACUGAUUACAUUGACUAAACUGAUUCCAGUUUGAUACCUCGCCAGAUUAUCUCUAUACGAUAACCACCCAGACCUGUGGAGACCCUGUCAGUGCAAGGGCCAUCUAGAAAAUAAAUCAAGUGCACCUCCUACGGUAAAUGUGGGUGGCCGAAACGAUCGGGGUUGUUGUUUACCUGCAUUCCAGAGUUUACUUUAUGGCAACACUAAAUGUCAAACAUGAGUGCUAAAAUACUUUGAAAGAAGAUUUUACACAUUUGAGGAAAACAAACUGAUAUGAACAACCUAUUGUUGUCUGUCAUUUGGUGUUUUGUUGGCAUGCGAAAGGAAUUCUAAGCACAUUUGUGUCUCUAUCCCUAACACAAUGCUGAGCUAUUCAUAGAGACAGAUAUAUACAAUUCCGCACAACAGGCUAGCUCUACUGACCAACAAGUGCUACAGGCACUGUACUGGAUGAAGAGUCUAAUCAGCGGCGGAAAAUACUUCUGGUCCAAGCUGUAUUCCUGGAGCUUCUUCUGAUAAAAUCCCUAACAAGUUGGACUUGAGAUAUGAAGAGAAUGAAGGACUAAAUGUAACAGUGUGUUGAACCAAGAUGGACAAAAUAAGGCCAUGAAAACCCAAAGAUGGUGAUAACUGUAUAGGAGAAAACAGGGGCUGAGGCUGAAUACUGCUGUCCUACCCCUGGUGCUGUCUUCUACUGUGUUUUCUGAUUGUAAAAUAAGGAGUAAUGCUAUUAGCAGAACAAUCAAAAGUGGUGGCUUGGAAAAUGGUGGCAAUCUUUAAAUAAAAAUGAAAAUGAAUGCGGCGUCAACUUCGGCAGGCUCAGGUGGGGUAAGAGGUCAGUCCUAAUGGUGGAGUUUACACUGAAGUUUUACAACUCAAUCAAAUUGUCUUAAUAUGUUUACAAGAAACAGUACUACCCUGAAACACUAAGUAUCUGUACAAAUGGCUGAGCCGAUACCUUCUCUCUGUUGCAUGCAGAUUAUGUGUCUAGUGAAAAUCUUCAACAUUUAUAUUCAUGUCCAUUUCAUGUUCUGUACCUGGCCCAGUUACAUUCCACUUUCUGGAUGUUUCAGUGCGGACGCCUGUACUGCCAUUUGUCUAAAAAGCUCUUACCAGGCAGCCUGAUGAGAGAACAAAUGCCACUUAAAGUGAGGAGGCAAACAUCAUCGCUUGUCUUUAUUUUUAUAUUUUAUAUAAGCCUUAAUGUACAGCGUGUAAGCUGCUCUAUUGUAAAGUAUCUUUAUAUACAUAUGUAUCUUUCUUGGUUCAUUUAUUUGGGUCCACAGAUUUUCUUCUCUAAGUUGGUCAUCAAUCACUGAAUGCCAUUAAUAUGCCGUUUUUGGAACAUGACUAAUUGCCAUUGGUUUAUUCUUUUAAUAAUGUAUUAAGAAUUUUAUUUGCUAAAAAUGAGCUAUCAUUGCUUGUACCUUUGUACACAUAUUUAUAUUUAAAUAAAACCCAU